AUGGCCACCAGACAGCGAACUGCCACCACUGUUGUGGUCGAGAAGGACCUGCCCAAGGUCACUCUCGAGGCCACUUCUCAGCCUCAAUUUCCCGACAUCAAGACCAUCAAGGAUGCCAUCCCCGCCCACUGCUUCCAACCCUCGCUCAUCACCUCCUACUACUAUGUCGUCCGCGACUUCGCCGUUGUCGGCGCCCUCGUCUGGGCCGCCCUCACCUACAUCCCCGGCAUUGAGGACCAGUACCUCCGUAUCGCCGCCUGGAUGGCCUACGGCUUCGUCCAGGGUCUCUUCUGCACCGGAAUCUGGAUUCUCGGUCAUGAGUGCGGCCACGGUGCUUUCUCUACUCACGGCAAGCUCAACAACGUGACCGGCUGGUUCCUCCACUCGUUCCUCAUGGUCCCCUACUUCAGCUGGAAGUACUCUCACCACCGUCACCACCGUUUCACCGGCCACAUGGACCUCGACAUGGCUUUUGUCCCCCGCACUGAGCCCAAGGCUUCUAUGUCCUUCCGCAUCGCUGGCAUGGACGUCGCUGAGCUGAUCGAGGACACCCCCAUUGCCCAGGCCGUCAAGCUCGUCUUCCACCAGCUCUUCGGAUGGCAGGUGUACACCUUCCUCAACGCCAGCGCUGGCAAGGGUAGCAAGCAGUGGGAGCCCACGAGCACUUUCGGCAAAUGGUUCCGCGUCAGCCACUUCGAUCCCGGUAGCGCUGUUUUCCGUCCCGCUGAAGCCCCCUUCAUCCUCAUCACCGAUAUCGGUCUCGGCCUCACCCUCACUGCUCUGUACUUCGCUGCCCAGAAGGUUGGCCUUUCCACCGUUCUCUACCUCUACCUCGUUCCCUACCUCUGGGUCCACAACUGGCUCGUUGCCAUCACUUACCUCCACCACCAUCACACCGAGCUCCCCCACUACACCGCUGAGGGCUGGACCUAUGUCAAGGGUGCUCUCGCUACUGUUGACCGCGAGUUCGGCUUCAUUGGCAAGCACAUCUUCCACGGUAUCAUUGAGAAGCACGUCAUUCACCACCUGUUCCCUAAGAUCCCCUUCUACAAGGCUGACGAGGCCACCGAGGCCAUCAAGCCCAUCAUUGGCGACCAUUACUGCCACGACGACCGUAGCUUCCUGGGUCAGCUCUGGACCAUCUUUGGCACCCUCAAGUACGUCGAGAACGACCCCGCCGUUCCCGGUGCCAUGCGCUGGGCCAAGGAGUAG